AUGUUGGGGCUUAAUUUACAACAGGUCCUCUCCAAUGUUCCUACGAUAUCCAGCAUUGUCAGUGGUGUAGGCUCAUAUCAACAUGGGUCAGACAGCAGUGCAUGGGCUUCUGUGGCGGCGUCAAAAUCUUGUUGCGAUGCGUUGACCAAAAGUUUGGGCAAGAAUUCAGUGGUUUUCCCAUAUGAUGCGGCCUACUCUCAAUCAAUGGGCUCAUACUUCAGCUUGAAGAAUAGCGACCUCCACCCCAGUUGCAUAGCACUUCCACGAUCAGCAGAAGAUGUCUCGAAGGCAGUGCGCACAUUGUCUCUCGGCGCACACAAAUGGGAGGGGCAAUGCCAAUUCGGCGUCCGAGGUGGUGGCCAUACGCCCUUCAAAGGAGCCGCAAGCACCGACAACGGGAUUGUGCUCGAUCUUCUCCACAUGCCGUCCGCGGGCAUAUCGCCAGACUAUGAAACCAUUACAGUGUCACCCAGUACGACAUGGGAUCUGGUAUACGAAGUCCUCGAUGCUCACAACCGAAGCACGCUUGGUACCAAAGUCGCCGGUAUCGGUGUCGGAGGAGCGUCAACGAGCUGCGGAGUCUCCUAUUUCUCGCCUCGCUAUGGAUAUAUUUGCGAUAUGGUAGAGAACUGGGAAGUCGUUCUGGCCACCGGCGAUAUCGUCAAUGCCAACGCGAAUGAGAAUCCCGAUCUCUGGAAAGCGCUGCGAGGUGGAAUCAACAACUUCGGCAUCGUCACCGCUGUUACAUUGAAGACCUUUGGACAAGGCCCCUUCUGGGGCGGCCAGACCUUCCACUCCAUCGACACCCGCCAAGAACACUUCAAGAAUCAUGAGAAACUGGCCUCGGCGCAUCCCUAUGAUCCAUACGCACAUUACAUCAAUACUCUUGUCUGGGCAAACGGAGGCCAUUGGUUCAUCGGCAACAGCAUCCAGUACACCAAGAGCGACCCGCCCGUGGCAGAGCCAGAAGUCUUCAAACCGUUCCUCAAGACCGAACGAACCCCGAUUUUCCCUGGGCUGCCUGAAGACACUCUUCGAGUGGACAACGUCACCUCGUUCUCCCGCGAGUACGCAGCAAACACCUUAUACCCUCAACGCUGGCAAUUCGCGUGCAUCAGCUUCGCUCCGGAUGCAGACUUCAUGGAGACAUUCUUCCAAAUGGCCAACGACGCCAUGCAGCAAUACGUAAAAUUGGCAGGCUUCAAGCUCAUCCUCAACUACCAACCCGCACCAACUGUUCAGCUGGAACGUAAUGGAGCAGUGGACUCCCUGGGCCCAAUCCAAACUGAAGGCAAUGUUGUCUUUGUACACUGGGCUGUCAGCUACGAUGAGUCCGAGGCCCAGUUCGACGAUGCUAUCACCAAGAGCGUCCAAGACUUGUUCCACGCUGCAAAUGCCAAGGCCAAAGAGUUGGGUAUCUACAGGCAUUUCAUCCAACCUACUUAUGCAGACAGCUGGCAGAGCCCCUUUGAUUACAGAAGCAAGAGCACGAUUGAGGAACUGGUUGCCACGAGCAAGAAGUAUGAUCCUCUACAGGUUUUCCAGAAGCAGGUGCCGGGUGGCUUCAAGCUGCCGCAGAUUUGA